CAAGGUACAUGUUCUGCAUGUACAAGACAGCCGCAUCUUCUGGUGCAGUGCCAGGUGAAUCCCAAGACACCAUGGUGAAAGUCGGAGUCAAUGAAUUUGGCCAUAUUGGGCACCUGGUCACCAGGGCUGCUUUUAACUCUGGCAAAGUGGACAUUGUCGCCAUCGAUGACCCCUUCAUUGACCUCAACUACAUGGUCUACAUGUUCCAGUAUGAUUCCACCCAUGGCAGAUUCCAUGGCACAGUCAAGGCUGAGAACAGGAAACUUGUCAUCAAUGGAAAGCCCAUCACCAUCUUCCAGAAGUGAGAUCUCGCCAACAUCAAAUGGGGUGAUGCUGGUGCUGAGUAUGUUGUGUGGAGUACAGGGGUAUUCAACACCAUGGAGAAGGCUCACUUGAAGGGUGGGGCCAAGAGGGUCAUCCUCUCUGUCCCUUCUGCUGAUGCCCCCAUGUUAGUGAUGUGCAUGAACAAUGAGAAGUAUGACAACUCCCUCAAGGUUGUCAGCAAUGCCUCCUGCACCACCAACUGCCUGGACCCUCUGGCCAAGGUCAUCCAUGACAACUUCAGCAUCAUGGAGGGACUCAUGACCACAGUCCAUGCCAUCACUGCCACUCAGAAGAUCGUGGACGGCCCCUCUGGGAAGCUGUGGCAUGAUGGUUUACAGGCUGCCCAGAACAUCAUCCCUGCUUCUACUGGCACUGCCAAGGCCAUGGGCAAGGUCAUCCCUGAGCUGAAUGGGAAGCUUACUGGCAUGGCCUUCUGUGUCCCCACCCCCAAUGUGUCUGCCGUGGAUCUGACUUGCCACCUGGAGAAAGCUGCCAAAUACGGUGACAUCAAGAAGGUGGUGAAGCGGGCACCAGAGGGCCCCCUCAAGGACAUCCUGGGCUACACCGAGGACCAAGUCGUCUCCUGCGACUUUAACAGUGACACCCACUCUUCCACCUUCUACGCUGGGGCUGGUAUUGCUCUCAAUGAUCACUUUGUCAAGCUCAUUUCCUAGAAUGACAAUGAAUUUGGCUACAGCAACCAGUUGGUGGACCUUACGGUCCACAUGGCCUCCAAGAGUAAGAGCCCCCUGGACCACCAGCCCCAGCAAGAGGAAGAAGAGAGAGGCUCUCAGCUGCUGGAGAGUCCUUGCCCCAACUUAUCCCCCAACACACCUGAGAAUCUCCUGACCUCCAGUUUCCAUCCCAGACCCCCUGAAGAAGGGGAGGGGCUUGGGGAGCCCUACCUUAUCAUGUACCAUCAAUAAAGUAUACUGUAUCC